UGUUUGUAUUGACAUAAUUGAUGUCAACAUUAGACGCCAUUUAAAGUGAAAGCUAUUGUUUGUAUUAAAACAACGUUUUUUUAUCAAUAAAUCGAUUGUUAAUUGAAAUCACAAUUUAAUUGUAAACCAUUUGAUUGACAACACAUUUUAACCUACACUUGACCUUCAAUUAGAUCCAGAGAUCACCGCUCAAGAGGUCCACAAUGGCUGAGGAUUUGGAUGUGGAGGCGAUGCUCGAAGAAGCCAUUAAACCAAAGGACACUAACAAUUCGGUGGCCAUCAAUGGAUCCAAUAAGUCAAAGAAAGAAGACAAGGAAAAGGACAGAAAACGAAAGCGUAGUCGAAGUCGAGACAGAGAUCGCAAACCAGACAGAACUAAGGAUAAAGAAAGGAAAAGGAGUCGCAGUCGUGACAGAGAUAAAGAUAAAAAAGAAAAACGAGACAAAGAUCGACACAACAAUCGAAUUCGUGAGAAGAGGUCAAGAAGUAAGAGUCGUGAUCGCCGACGAAGAAGUAGAUCUAAAAGUAGAGAUAGAAAAAGAAGAAGUCGGACACCUGAUCGAUGGGGUAAUGGACGACGAUAUAGAUCUCGAUCGCGCUCCAGAUCUCGAUAUGAAGAGUUGCCACCUGAAGAAAGAGAUCAAAGAACAGUAUUUUGUAUGCAAUUGGCCGCUAGAGUCAGGACUAAGGAUUUGGAGGACUUCUUCACAGCCGUUGGUAGAGUUAGAGAAGUAAGACUUAUAAUGGAUAACAAAACUCGUAGACAUAAAGGCAUCGCUUAUAUUGAAUUUUAUGAAAUCGCGACAAUACCACUAGCAUUGGCACUAUCGGGACAAAGAUUAUGUGGCGUUCCUAUCAUAAUCCAACCGACUCAGGCAGAGAAGAAUCGUAUGGCUACCACUACUUCAAGCGUUCAAAGAGGUUAUACCGGACCCAUGAGACUAUACGUCGGUUCACUUCAUUUCAAUAUAACCGAAGAUAUGUUGAAAGGAAUAUUUGAACCGUUCGGUCGAAUUGAUAAAAUAGAGCUCAUGAAAGACGGAGAAACAAAUCGAUCUAAAGGUUAUGGUUUCAUAGCAUUUCAUGACGCAGACGACGCUAAGAAAGCUUUGGAACAAUUGAAUGGCUUUGAAUUGGCCGGUCGUCCCAUGAAAGUGAAUCACGUGACCGAACGACAAGAGUUGAUUCAGGGACCGUCCAUUCUUGACUCGGAUGACUUGGAAAGAAGUGGCAUUGAAUUGGGAACAACAGGUAGACUACAAUUAAUGGCCAAAUUAGCUGAAGGAACUGGCAUUCAGUUACCUAAAGCUGCUGUCGAUAUGCUACAAAUACAAAAGUCGGCGCCACCGCCUGUAAUGACCACUCAAGCAAAUACAGUAUCGGUCGCACAGACAAUAGCGACACAAUGUUUUAUGUUGAAUAAUAUGUUUGAUCCCGACAGUGAUGAGGCCAAGAGUAACUCUUUAUAUUUCGAUGAAAUUAGAAAUGAUGUAAUCGACGAAUGUCGCAAUCACGGCGGCGCUCUUCAUGUGUUUGUCGACAAAGCUUCCAAAGGAGACGUUUAUGUCAAGUGUCCUACGGUUGCAGCUGCGGCCGCAUCAGUCACUGCUCUUCACGGCCGAUGGUUUGCGGGACGCUUAGUAACUGCAGCCUAUGUUCCUGUCCUUCAUUAUCACAAUUUGUUUGCAGAAGCGGCCACAGCAACGAUACCUCUAUGAAGAACCUAAACAACAAUUUUUUGAGAAGAAAAAAAUGAGAACUAUUCUACCGAUUCUACAAAAUGUUAAAAUAGUGAACUUAUUUUAAACAAA